AACCAACUUGGGAAUUGGUGAUUUGAGAAAUUGGAGAUUGGGAAGGAAUUUGGUGAUUUGAGAGUGAGAAACGGCGUCCUCUGUUCGUCGGCUGAGGAAGGAUUUUGGCUCCUGGUGAGACACGGCGUCGCAUAUGGCUGUGGCAUCUCAUCCGCUGCUCUCUUGCUCCUUCUCCGUCGCCUCCCCGAACCAACCAAUCCUUCGACUCCUUCGCCGCCCUCUGAAAUCCUCCACCUCCAAAUGCUUCCUCCAUUCCCCGCGGCGACGUAACCAACCAGCCGCCCGCCAGCCAGACGACGACGAGCAUGACGGGGAAGAGGAUAUGUGGAGCCCGGCUACCAGCCCCUCCGGAGCCCACCUCGUCGAUACCCUGAAUGACGAAAAGGGCGGCCACGGAUGGGAUCCACCCAAUGGCGACGGCGCAGAGGAGGGAGAGCAGCUCCAAGAAUACGAGGUGGGUGAGUGGGAUCCACCUGCCAGCCCGUCACGAGCGCAGGCCCAGGAACAGCUUCGACAAGAGGAGGAGGAGGAGGAGGAAGAAGAAGAUGAAGACGGCGGGGACUGCCCGUGGCUGGACGCGAGCUACUUCUUGCGAAGCCAAGAAGGGGCAAGCACCAACACCACUGCAGAAAUGGAAGAAAUUCUCGCCUUUGCGAGGAGCCCAGUGGCGGCGGACGGCCCUGGGCUCGCUGGGUUCUUGGCUGGUUACAGCCGCGGUGCACUCGACGAGGACGAGUGCGUGGAGUUGAUGAGGAGGAUGGGUGAGGAGCGCCUGGCGUUGGGGUGCCUCCACUUGUUCCGGUGGAUGCGGGCGCCCGAGGAGCGGCCGAUUUCGUUGUCGCCGCAGGCAUGGUUGGUGGCUCUCGUGGUGCUUGGACGGGCACGGAUGGCCGAUGAAAUCUUGGAGAUUCUGGGAAGUUUGCCGCCGGAGAGGGGAUUUCGUGAGGCGGUUCUGUACAAUGCUGCAAUGUCUGGUGUUGCCUACUGUGGAAGAUAUGAUGAUGCCUGGAAAAUAUUCGAGAGUAUGGAGAAGAACAAUGUCCAACCUGACCACAUAACAUCCUCGAUCAUGUUAAUGGUAAUGAAGAGGCGCAAGGCAUCAGCCAAGGAUUCAUGGGAGUUCUUCCAACGAAUGAACAGAAAAGGUGUCAAGUGGAGCUUGGGUGUCUCUGCUUCUCUAAUUAAGAUAUUUUGUGAUGAGGGGCUGAAGAAAGAAGCUCUUAUCUUCCAAUCAGAAAUGGAGAAGAGAGGAAUUCCGUCAAACACGAGCAUUUAUAACGCAAUAAUGAAUGUAUAUUGCAAAUGCAGUCAAAUUGAAGAAGCUGAGGGGCUCUUUGCUGAGAUGAAAGAGAGAGGCUUAAAACCAACAAGGGUGACUUAUAAUAUCCUUAUGGAUGCUUACAGUAGAAGAUUGCAGCCAGAAGUUGUUGAAUCGUUACUUCUGGAGAUGCACGAUUUGGGAUUUCAGCCAAAUGCUAGGUCAUACAACUGCCUCAUAAGUGCCUAUGGGCGGCAGAAAAAAAUGAUCGAAAAGGCUGAAGAUGCUUUCCUGAGGAUGAAGAAAGGUGACAUCAAGGCAACAUCUUCCUCGUACACAUCACUGAUUUGUGCAUAUGCAGUGAGUGGACAGUAUGAAAAAGCUCACACUGCAUAUUUAGAUAUGAAAAGAGAAGGACUUAAACCUUCCUUAGAAACAUAUACAGCUUUGCUUGACAUAUUUAGGAGGGCUGGUAACAUAGAGAAGUUAAUGGAGACAUGGAAAUCAAUGACCGAUGAAAAGGUUGGAUGCACUAGAGUCACAUUUCACAUGGUACUUGAUGGUUUGGCGAAACAUGGGUUGUAUGUUCAGGCAAGAGAUGUAAUAUGUGAGUUUGGAAACAUAGGUUUACCUCCUACGGCGAUGACCUACAACAUAUUGAUGAAUGCUUAUGCAAAGGGAGGACAGCAUUACAAAUUGCCCCAACUCCUGAAAGAGAUGUCUACUCUGGAACUAAAACCAGAUUCAGUUACAUAUUCUACAAUGAUAUACGCAUAUGCUCGCGUCCGCGACUUUUCGAGAGCAUUCUAUUACCACAAACAGAUGGUUCGAAAUGGACAACUGCCUGAUGCUAAGUCAUACAGAAAGCUGUUGAAUACCUUGGAUGUGAAAUCUGCAAGGGAAAACAUAAAGGAUAAGAGUGCCAUUGCAGGAGUUGUAAAAGGAAAAUCUAGCUUAAAGCAUAGGAAGGAAAAGAAGGAUGAAUUUUGGAAGAACAGUAAAAGGAGGUCUAUGACCCAAGUUAAUGGAUACCAGAGAAAAAGAUUUUUGUGAUGUUUUACUAAGUGCAAGUUUCAUUGUCUUUACAGUACUCAUACCUUAUGUUAUACCAUGGUCUCCAUGCUUUAAUUCUCUUGAAUUGUUCAGGAUUUUAGGUCAGAAACUAUGAAGCGUGUUAUUAAUUCCAUAAAAAUUCACUUUGACUGUC